GAGAAUGAUGCGCCCACCUCCAACUCCAGUAGCAGCAAGCCGUCCGUCCCGUCCGGCAAGACUGUCACCACAGCUGCCACAGAGGGUGACCUCUCGAACCGUGUGGAGUUUUUGGAGAAAUUGAUCCAGCAACAGGCUCUACAGCUGCAGCAGAUGGCAAAGGCCCUGGAAGGCGUUCAGAAGGACGUGCGGCGCACUGUGUCUGUGAUGCAGUACAACAUUUUGGCCUCGUACCUGGGCAAAAACACACAGCCGUGGUUUCUCUACGGGGCAGAGAUUGAGCCAGAGGCGCGGGAAAAGAUUUUUAAGCUCUUCAAUCAACGGGGGCCAGAUGGUACGCCCAAACACAAGUGGCCGGAAUAUGUUGAAGGCAUCUUGUCUCCGGAGCAAAUCCAAGAGGUGGAAACGCAAGAUGCCUUCUUUAGGUGGGAGUCGCGGAGAGAGAAACUGGUGAACCAAAUCGUGGACUUGGACCCCGACGUCGUGUCGCUGGUUGAGUUGGAUGAUCAUGCCUUUUUCGGGCAGAGCCUCGAGGGCGAGUGGGACUCAGUGUUCCGCAAGCGCCCGCGCGCCAACAGCGCGGACGGCUGCGGGAUCUUCUGGCGGCGUAGUAAGUUCGAGCUGGUGGCCAGUGAGGGAUUCGACAUGAUCGACGGCAAUGAUGAUAAAGGACGCGAGAAAAGAGACAGAAGCUGCCUCAUGGUCUUGUUGAAGUGGAAGACAGCGGGGAACAACGUGGCGCCACUGGUGGUGGUCUCCACCCACUUGGCCAAGGACCCCUACAACAAGGCCCAAACUGCCAUUCGGGUGAGACAGGUGACGCAGAUCAUGGCGACUUUGACCAGUUUCACCGGGCAGUACCAGGCACGAGACAGUCCGGUGAUUCUGCUGGGAGAUCUCAACGCCCGUCACUUUGGAGAGAUCCGAGGGAUUGCCCGAACGGCGCGGGACCCGAGAUUCAACCGAGCAUGUCAGCCUGUAGAGAUCCAUAGAUCCUGCUGGUCCUCUGUCUUCGGGCAAUCCGAUCUGAAGGACUCAACCCACCGCGAUCCCGAGAGCGUCAGCAAGCGGCGAGCCAAGGGGCGAGCCAAAGGGCCCUCACCGUGGACCACAGUGACCACAGCCUAUACCUACGUUGGAGCUGCCAUGGAACUGCUGGGCCACAUCUUGAUGAUCGUGGGCAUUUGCUGGGCCAGUUGGAAAUUCAGCACGUCGCAUGACAAGAUUGUGGAUCCCUUCAAACGAUGUCGCUACUAUGCAACAUUGAGUUUGUUGCCCGUGGUGCUCUACACCACCGGGAAGCACUGGUCUCAGGGAACGCAUUUUCCCCUCACGGCCUCUCGCAGCUUCCAGGUGUUGGUGCGAGAUUGGUGGACUGUGGAAUGCCCAGAGGAGCUGAAAGGUAUCGACCUUUUGCAGUGGCUCGGGAAUGGCAUCUUUUUCUGUUACAUCGGCAGCUGGAACUUCCUGCUGUUGUUCCAACGUCGCGGAGAUCCCGAAGUCUUCGACUUCGCAGCGCGCUUGCUGGUGCCGCUGCUGAUCUUCAGCUGCUGCCUACGACCGCAGAUGCUGCUGGCCUUCAGCUUCUUCGGUAUCGUGGCACUGGGACUGCUGCUGCUGCUGAGUACUGCCGGGAUGGUGAUGUUGAUCCUGCUGCUUGCCUGGCUGGUUGUGGCCUUUGAGGGCCGAGCCAGUGAAAUCAAGAUCUCCUUCACCAUGACUCGAGCGCAUGAUGUGGUGAGCCCCCUGUUUCUUCUACAGGAACAUGUGAACAGCUUGCAGCGGGUGGGAAAAAAAUGCAUUUCGAGCGCCUUUGCUGAAUUUGAUCUGUUGGGGCUUUCCUUGGUAUCUGAGGUUUGGCAAAUCAAAGGGGACCCGAUCCACAAGUGGUGCUGGUUUUUGUGGCACGCCACGGACGUGAACACUGGGGCGACAUCUGUGACCAAGGCACGUCACUGUCGCAUUGAUGUGGUUCAAUACCUCAGCAGCCACAUGGAGGUCGUGGAUGUGAAUCCAAUGCCGAAGCUGAAGGAUGGGGAGGUCAUUCCCAAUGCGGAACAUCCUUCGGAUCAUUUUCCCGUUUUUGUGAACUUCAUGCUGAAGGACGGCUAUGAGAAGCAUCGCGAAUGCGCGAGGGCAUGGCUGGAGUGUGUGGCUGGCAGAGAGAAGGUUCAUCCUUUAUCCAACGAAGAGCUCCGAGACGCUUUUGAGUUCUUCGACCGAGACAGAGAUGAGAAUAUCCAUCUCCAAGAUCUCGAGGAAGCAUGUUUUGAGUUGCGAACGAACUUUCACGUUGAUGUGCCCACUUUACUUCUGGAGUGCUUUCCGGAUUAUCAGAUCAGCUUCGAGGAUUUCCUAAGAGCCUACGAGGCAUCGCUGCGCACAGAUCGACUGCGCGCGGUUGGUGAUUUGGAGUGCGCCUUUCGCUACUUCGCUGGGGAUGCACAAUCUAUCCAUAUCGACACCUUAGAGGCAGCCUUUCGCGAGAUCACUCCAGUUAGCUUCUCUGAUGACGAAGUGAAGGAUAUGAUUGGCAGAGUCUCUGGGACAGCGCAGGCCUCUGUUCACCUCCACGAUUUCUGCGAGGUGGUGUGCAAAGCCACCUUUCCGAACAGGGAGGAAAGGGAAGCCCUUGUUGCAUCCACGCCGAAAGUUGGACGCAGCCCGCCCGGUCGCAUGGGUACCAAGGAGAUUGGGCACCGGCUGCACCACCUGCAGAAGGCUGUCUCUGGCAAAGGGUUGGGCACUCAGCCGUGA